GUGCCGUUUAGACGUGUUUGAUAGUUCGGGUUUAAAGGCGAACGGAGACGUAUAAAAAUUUUCGUAUAAAAAUUUCACUACACGAACGCAAGGUGUCCAAUGUCGCAGUGUGAAUUUCGCGAGCAGCACCAUUCAGAAAUAUCGGUAAAUCGCUUGUGAAAAUCGGGAAUUACGCGAAAAUAAUUGUUUACGAGUGUUUGUGAAUAUAAAUAAUUGAAAAUACAAAGUGUUGGAAAUAUUUUUAGUGGAAUCACGAAGUUGAAUGAAAAUUUCCGUGGCUGUGCAAGCGAAAAAGUGGAAAAUAAAAUACAAACAGCAAUAACAACAACUGCUUAGCGGCGCAACGAAUCAAUCAGGCAAAGCAAAUACACCGUUCGUGUGUCUGAAAGGAGAACCGCAUGCACAUGUGUGUGUUUGUAUGUGCGUGUGUGCAUAAGCAAUAACUAGGAAACGAAGACGCUGCUGCUGCUGCAAUCUCCAGCGUCGCGCAGUCACUUGAAUGCUGCUUGCAAUCUUUUGUUUUUGAAUUGUUUUGAGUUUCUUUCAAAAAAGUCUUGUAUUUUUUUGGCGUGUGUGUGCGUGUGUUUAUGAUUUUUGGUUCUUCGCUAUUUAUGCCGGUGCGUCGCAGCUAAGAACAGGUAGUGAUUGCAGGCACGACGAUUCGAAUGUUACCUGCUUACGCGCUUCGCUGACUGACUGACGUGCAGACGGACAAUUGUUUAUCGAUUAUCGACUGAUGAGUAACUACAACAAAUCUGUUGAUUUAUGCUUUGCUCAGUGUUUGCUAAGUGAGUGCGUGUGUUUGUUGGCUGCCGUGAGCGUUUGCAUGUGCAGCAUUUCUUUGCGUAGACGCUGCAUUGCCGUGAAUGAAUAAGAAAGCGUGGAAAAUAAAAUAAAAAAAUAAUUGUAAGAAAUUGUUAAUGCUAAAUAUAGCAGCGAAAUAAGUGAAACAAAGCUGCAAACCGGUCGAAGGAGUUUUGUGCAAAACUAGAAAAAAAAUACGAAAAGCCAGAAAACAAAAAUAAAAACAACAUACAAGCAACACGUUGUCAGCGCGCUUUGGGCAUUACAUGAGUGCAGCAGAGCCGGAGAAUAAUAAGUAAAUAUUUUCCGUCGCGGCCUCGCAAGUGAUACUAACAUAAAGCAAAAAACUAACGUUCCAACAAAAUCACGAUAUCCGAGCGCUCGCUGUCCGACAAGAGAUUAAUAUUCUGCGGAAGAACAUCAACUUCUGUCUUUUUAAAGGCCAAAUCAUCAAUUAAAUUGUUCGAAGUUUUAAUGGAAUUUUCGUGUGCCGCAGAGAGUCUCCGACAUUCAUCAAAGAGGAACCGCGACGCGCCACAACAAUAACAGCAAUAAUACGCCGUGACUGGUGAAAACACGUGCUUACCGCCGAAGCAAGCACAAGCACAAACACAAAAACAACAAUAACUUAGACUUAACUUCUCCAACAACAAUCAUUACUUAUAAGCAACAAACACAGCAAAAUGGCCAGUUCCAAGAUUAUCUUGAAAGUUUUGCUCUCGCUUUGCGUGUGGUCCUUCGUCAUAAUCGGUCUCUUCAAAAUGCACGGCACCAAUAUUGUCUCACAGGAGUAUAGCGCCGUGCCGUUGAGCGGCCGCAUUUUGCUGCAGAAGGAUAUAUUGCGCUACGCGGAGACUACUUCGACUACAACGGAUCGCUUUGAUCCUUCGGAGAUCUUGGUGGACAAUCGAACAGCCAUGGAUGAUGAUCAGCUGGUGCGCGAUGUUGAGUCUCGUAUCCCUUCGCUCCCCAUCGCCUAUUGGAGCAAGAACAAGAACUUUCGCCAGCAAAAGUCCAAUACUUGCGCCAAAUAUCCAUCCAUCUUCGAGUUGGAGUUCAAUAACAUCUACUGGCAGACAAUGCGCACAUCCAACGGCACCUUUCAGCUGUUCGGCGCAUACUAUGACAUACGUAAGACCUCGCGUAUUGGUCCCACGGUACGUAUACUCGGCAUGAUCGAUCGCAUACAGCCGACAGUGAAGACGUACUGUCAGUUCUGGUUCGAUGGCCAGAAGGAACCGUUCAUUGUUAAGACCUUCGAAUACAAAUACAUCUGGUACAAUAAGUGGGGUAACUACAAGCAGGGCAUCUAUCAGCCUUAUCUGAUAGCAUGUCAAAUACCGAAACCCUUCCACGGCGUCGUGCCCAGCUCGGUAUCAAUGGUGGAGAAGGAAUGCGAUACGGCGACAAAUAACUUGCGCGUCAUUUACAAUCGGCCGCCAGAUGACCAGAAGAAAGGUUUCGCCGUUUGCGUGAAGGGUCUGGACUUCCUCUACGAUGAUCUCUCGGUGCGUUUGAUUGAGUGGAUCGAGAUGUUGAAUAUUUUGGGCGCCGAUAAGAUCUACUUCUACAAUCUGCAAGUGCAUCCGAAUAUCACAAAAGUGCUCAGCCACUAUGAGCAAGAGGGCAAAGUGCAAGUCAUACCGCUGACGCUACCGGGCGGACAACCGAAUGUGCCCGGCUUCCAACAUCUCUACCUCACGAAAAAGACGAAUCACAAGCGUCAAAACGAGGUUAUACCCUACAAUGAUUGUCUGUACAAGAAUCUCUACUUAUACAAGUACAUUGCGUUACUCGAUAUCGACGAAGUGAUCAUGCCGAAGGGCAACUUCGUGCUCUGGUCGGAGCUAAUGGAGAAGGUAGUGCCCGAAUCGCUGAAGAUCAAACCCGAAGGCUACAACAGUUACAAUUUCCGCAAUGUCUACUUCCUGGACGACCAACAGCACGAGCACGGCUGGCACAAAGACAUACCCAAGUACAUGCACAUGUUGCAACACGUGCAUCGCGCCAAGAACUACACCAAACCCAAUCAGUAUGUGAAGUGCUUCCACGACCCGGAGCGCGUGCUCACUCUGCACAAUCACUUUCCGCUCGCCUGCCUCGGUGGCGUCUGUAAGUCCUACCCGGUGAACACCACCGACGCACAGCUGCAGCAUUAUCGCGCCGACUGCGUUAAUACGCUGAAAAAGAGCUGUGAGGAGUACCGCGAGAACUCGGUCGAAGACAAAACGAUCUGGAAGUACAAAGACGAGCUAAUACGACGCACCUUCCGCACACUCGACACGCUGGGCUUCUUCAAGCGGCCCAUCGGCAAUGGUGGCGGCAUUGGCUCGACCACACACGCGAGUGAGCGGUGAUUUCUGGGCAGUUGGUGGGCGGGCGGCAGCAAUAGCUGGAUGGGCGGGAGAGUGGGAGAGAGCAGUAGCGGUAGCGGUGCAGGCAAUGCGGCAGAUUACUAUGAGCGUUGGCGAGAGGGUGUGGCGGGCAGCAACGAAUUUUUCUGAUAAUUCUGAGCGGAAUUUUAAGCUGGCUGAAGGCAAGCAAAACAGUGGGUCUUAGGUGGUAUGAAGAAAGCGGCUGUAAAAAUUUUUUGUAUCACGAAUUUGAAAGUGCGUGAAAGCUCCUAAAAACUUGUGGAGUUUGUCAAAACGCGCGCUCGUGAAGGCGCUUGGUAACUGCUAAAAGUUAUUUGAAAUGUAUAAAAGCUUCACUAGAAAACAAACAAGUGAACCAAACAUAUGUUGCCACCGACCUGUCUGCUGCAAAGUUUCAUCUAAAAAUCAUCUCAUUCCAGCGUAACCCUCCUAACUGUCUUCUACCUUGACGCCGUUACCUACAAAGUAAGUUAAAAUUCCUCGUCAGUAAAAUAAUGUAAACUGUGCGGUACUUAACGAAGACAAUUUCUUCGCUGUA